AUGGACGAAUUUAAUGAAACUUUAGAAGGUUUAGAGGAAAAAAUUGAAGAAUAUGAGAAGCAGUUGGCACUAGUAAGAGAUGAAAUAAAAAAGUAUGAAAACCCAGAAGAGGAAAAUGAGCAGAUAAAGAAUUUGAAAAAGUUAGAGGCUGAUAUGAUUGAAGUUAUAAAUUUAACUCGUGAUUUAAUUAAAUAUAAAAAGCAAAAUGAAUUAGAAAAUGACGAGAAUAAAGAAUUAGAAAGAAGUGGAGAAGUAGCACCAGAUAUUCAUGAACAUAUAAAAGAAUCAAAUAAAUUUAUCGGAAGGACAUGUAGUCUUAAUUAUGAAAAUAAAAUGGUUUAUGGAUUAAUAGAAAAUGUAGUAAUACAUAAUAAUAUAGAGCAAUUGUUAAUUCAUAUAUUUGAAACUAAUGAUAGAAUUAUGAUACCUCCAAAUUAUGUUCAAUUAAAUGAAGUUUUAAAUGAGUCAGCAAUAAAAGAAAAUAACCAAUUCCAAGCUUUAUAUAAAAAGGAUGGGCAAUGGUACGAUUGUAUAAUUUCGAAAUAUAAAGGGGAUUCCUUUUUGAUUACAUACAUUGGAUAUAAUAAUAGUGAAUAUGUUAGUACAGAUCAAGUUCGAAUAAAGAAGAAAAAAAAGAUCAAAGAAAUUAUCACACCAGCAGGUUAUAAAUUACCAGAGAAUUUAAUAAUUAAGGAAGGUGAUUCAUUAAAAGUAAAGAUGGCAAAAAAGAAAAAAAGAAUUGCCUUGAAAAAAAAACAAAAAGAUGAAAUUAUGGAUAAAGAAUUUUCUAAUAAAUCAAAACAAUGGAGAUCCUUUCACGAAAAGGCUAUAAGUAAAAGUAAACAUCUUUUAGUAUCAACUAAAAGGGUUGAAAAUAUUGAAAAUAAGAAUAAUCAGACUAAUUUUAAUAUUAGGAGAAAAUUUGAUUACAAUGAUAACGAGGAAUAA